UAACGUUAUUACAUUUUUAACGUUUGGUGGCGUUGAUGUUUCGAAUAUUUAGUACAAAGUUCGACCGCUAGGUGUUAACACACCACCACCACGUGACGCGACACGCUUUAAUCAGUUUUGUAACUUUAACGUGGUGGUUGUAUUGUGUAAGAAGUACGUGUUUUCGAAUAACAAUUAAAAUAAAAUAAUGUUUCUCUUAAGUUAGAAGAAGAUAUCAAUUACUUUUUACGAUAAAAUAAGAGAUCUUACAAAUAAAAAUCAUAAUGGAAGAUUUUAUACAAACCAGAGCUUCGAGACAAUUAAAAAAACCAGUUGAAGAGUUUGUCUCGGUUACUUAUAUAGCUCCCAAAAAGAAAGCAUCAAAAUCGUCGAACGAUAUUAGUGAACAAGAUAAUGUUAACAUAAGGACUGACAAUGGUGAUAAGUUAUCUAAUAAAAAAGUUAAUUCACAGUUAGAUCGUAAGAAGCAACAAGAAUUAGAAAUGAAGAGAGCUAGGUAUGAUGUCAUCAAAUUUGGUAUUUCCGGUUUUAAAAGUGCAAAGGCUAAAGAAGCUAAAGUUGAACUGGCUAUAAAAUUAGGUGCAAAACCUCCCAAAAAUCCAAAUUUGAAUUAUAAAGUUUUGAAGGAAAAAAGGAAGAAAGAAGCUGCACGUCAUAAGAAAAAAGAACCGAUAUCUGGACUUAAUAAAAGUUUGAUAAAACAUAAAAGUAGGAACAAGUUAAAGAAAAAUUCAGGUAUUUUAGGAAUGUAUGGAAAAGUGCACAAGGAUGCACUUGUUAAAAAUAAGAAAUAGAUUUAUAACCAUAAACAUU